AAAACGUAACAUUUUCAGCAAGCCGCCAUGUUAGAAAGUCUGCCCCUUCUUUCAUUCAAUUAGGAAAAGACUGUAUGUACUUUAAGGAUAUACGCGGUAGUUGAGAGCUUUAAUCUAACCCAUCACAUUUAUUCAAACGUCAAAUUUGUUUUGUCAGGAUUUGGCUCUUACAUUGAUUUACCCGCACUAAACAAUGUCGACUGCAACUCCAAUUGGCCAUAGAGGCACGUGCGGCAGCGCCACACCGCUAAGUCCGACCAGAAUAACCAGGCUGCAGGAAAAACAGCAGCUUCGAGACCUCAACGACCGCCUGGCUGUUUACAUCGAUAAAGUCCGUAGUUUAGAGUCUGAGAACGACAUACUCCAUCUGCAGAUUAGUGAGAAAGAAGAAAUUAGAAGUCGGGAGAUCGGUGGUCUGAAAGCACUUUAUGAGACCGAACUAGCCGACGCCAGGAGGAGUUUGGAUGACUCCUCCAAGGAGCGGGCCUGGCUGCAGAUCGAGUUGGGAAAUGUCAAAGUCGAUCAUGAACAGCUUCAGCAGAACUACAUUAAAAAAGAGGCAGAGGCAGCAGCAGAUCUGGCCAGACUGAAGGACUUUGAGGCUCAGCUGAAUGGCAAAGAAGCAAUGCUGGCUUCUGCACUGUCUGAGAAAAGGGGCCUAGAAAGCACUCUAACUAAACUGCAGGAAAAGCUUCAGGAGAUGGAGACAGGUCUUGCUCAGGCCAAAAAGCAGCUUGCUGAUGAGAUGCUCAUGCGUAUUGACUUGGAAAACCGUUGUCAGAGUCUGACAGAAGAGAUGGACUUCCGAAAGAGUAUGCAUGAAGAGGAAGUCAAAGAGGCCCGACACCGGUAUGAAACCCGACUGGUGGAGGUGGAUUCUGGCCGGAAGGAAGAGUAUGAAAAUAAACUGACUCAGGCCCUGGAUGACAUGAGGGCCCAGAAUCAAGAGCAGAUCCUGAUCUAUAAGGAUAACAUGGAGAGCACCUAUAGAGUUAAACUCGAAGACUUGUAUCGUUUAUCUGAGAUGAACGGAGCAUCAGCUAACAUGGCCCGAGAGGAGCUCAGAGAGUCUGCCCUCAGGAUAGAGAGCCUGAGUACUCAGUUGGCAGGACUACAGAAAGAGAUGCGUGGCUGGCGAGAUCACAUAGCAGAACUUGAGGCGGCUUUAGCUCAGGAGAAAGACAGAAGCCGCAAGCUGCUGGCAGACAAAGACCGGGAAGUGACAGAAAUCCAAGCCAAGAUGCAGGAGCAGCUGAAUGAGUAUGAACAGCUGCUGGAUGUAAAACUGGCCCUGGACAUGGAGAUUAAUGCCUACCGUAAACUCCUAGAGGGAGAGGAAGAAAGACUCAAGCUGUCUCCGAGUCCUUCAUCUCGUGUCACAGUGUCACGAGCAUCAUCAAGCAGUCGCAGUGUGCGGACCACUCGGGGAAAGAGGAAGCGCGUUGAUGUAGAGGAACAGGAAGCCAGCAGCUCAGUGUCCAUUGCUCACUCUGCUUCUGCUACAGGACCCAUUAGCAUCGAUGAGAUUGACACUGACGGAAAGUUUGUGUGUCUUCAUAACAGUGGAAAUGAGGACCAGGCCCUCGUGGGUUACGAGAUGGUCAAGAAUGUUGGAAAUGUUACAGCUACUUACAAGUUCACACCCAAAUAUGUGCUGAAGGCUGGCCACAAAGUCACGAUCUGGGCAUCUGAUGCUGGAGUGAGCUCCAAACCUCCCACAGACCUAGUGUGGAAGAACCAGUCCUCCUGGGGGUCAGGAGAAGAUGUUAGUGUGGUGCUGAUGAACCCACAGGGAGAGGAAGUCGCAAAAAGAACCACCAAAUACAAGAUGGCAGAAGAAGAGCAGGGAGAUGAAGAUGAUUAUGGUGUAGAGGCAAUUGAAAAAGACCUCCAACAGCAGGAAGAUGCUCACGCUGCCAAAAGAGGCUGCUCCAUUAUGUGAUUCCACUUCGUUGACAAGUCAUCACCUCUGAGCCCAGCUACUCCGCUGCCAAUUUUGAAAGUACUAUUUUUCUAUAUUUUGUAGUGCAUUUCUGCAAAUUGAAUAUCCUUGUUUGGUUUUUGCUAUGAGAAUGGGUUUUUUGUAAAUGUUUUUGUUUAAUAGCCAAAACAAUGUAGUAAACGGUAGUUCAGAAUGUGUCUUGAGACUCAAGUAGCUUAACUUGAGAUGUCAGGAUCAUAAGAAUGUCUUUUAACAUUUUUUUCUAUCAUUUUAAGAUACUCUUCUGUCAUUGUAUGGCUUUAAAAAUGGAAAACAACAAGUUGUGACUGGAUAGUAAACCUUAGAAUUAGUGUUAUUUGUUUGUAUUUUCAAAGGUCCUACUUGUAUGACUACAUUACAUAGCAAAAAUCCAAGCUUGUUAUUAGUCCUGUGAUAGUCAUAGCUUUGUUUCAGCAGAAAGCUGAAGUUCAGAACCCAGGUACUUUGUGUUUUGAGGGAACUGAGCUCAGUAAUCUGAAGGUGAAAGGUUGAAGUUUAUUGUGACUCCAGAUUUCUGUGAUAGCUUGUUAUAAAACAUCUGACCAAGACACUACAAAAAUGGCAUGUGCAGAUUUCUUUUUUGUUACUAUUCACACACUCCUUAAUGCAGCACUAAGUUUGGCUUUGCUUGCACAGCAACAUCUGCAGUGUUGAUUGUAUUAACGUUUGAUAUUUGAAGAAUUUAAAGUACUGUUGUUUGUAUUAUGAUGCAUGCUAUAGCAGUCUGUAAUCAUAGUUAAAUUAAAAUGUCUAUAUUUGCUUUACUUUUAUCAAUUAUGAAAAUUUUGCUGUGUAAAAAAUGACAAGAUCCCUUAGACAACACAGUGCUAUUGCUCAAAACUGAAUAAAAGCAUUCUGCUUCAUUUUCCAUCCAUUUAUUUGUUUAGCAUCAGUGGGUAGCAGCUACCAUUUGUUCUUGUGGGCUUACAAAUUAACGUAAAGUUCUAGUCUUUACUUUUAGUAACCCACUGAAUUUUUAUUUUAGCUCCAUAGUGAUAAUAGUUUUAACAUCCAGUGUAUAAUGACUGACAGCAUGCUUCUGACUUUUUUCUAUUGUCAAUUAAAUCAUUAAAUAAAAGUAAAAAAAAAAA